AUGGUACUGCUCACGAUUCUGCGAAAGAUGAAGCAGAAAGAAAAGGAAGUGCGAUUAUUGAUGCUUGGUCUCGACAACGCAGGAAAAACCACAAUCGUGAAAAAGUUCUGCGGGGAAGACACCAGUGAAAUUUCUCCCACUUUUGGCUUUAACAUCAAGACCCUCGAGUACAAAGGAUUUCGUCUUAAUAUAUGGGAUGUGGGCGGCCAAAAGUCGCUGCGUUCGUACUGGAGAAAUUAUUUCGAAACCACUGACGGACUGAUAUGGGUGGUCGACACGGCCGACAUUCGCAGACUCGGUGAUUGCAAAGCCGAAUUGCAUCAGCUUCUGGAAGAAGAGAGACUUUGCGAAGUUGGGAAGGCGUUGGACAAGAUCAGGAAACUUCAUGCAUUGUACUUGUCUCAACUGAGAGCACCUGCGCAUGUGGUUAGUCAGAAAGACGUCGAAUGGACCGUCAAUGAACUCAGAACCUCGCUGCGAUCCGUUGAGUGGGAUCUCGAGGAUCUUGAUGAAACUUUGAAUAUCCUUUUCAUCCUCUGA